AUGGCGGAACGAAAGAAAUACCUCAAUGAAGAGGACUUCAGAGCAGGUCUUGUCGCUCUGGACAAGGAGAUGGGACAAAACCCCUGGCUGGUAGCAUUCGCGCCUAUCAGAAUUGUCACUGCUGGCGGUUUCCUUGCCGUCUCCUAUCUCAGGAACCGCGAGGCCACUGGGGAUAUUGACUACCUGAUCGACCCUGAAUUUGUUGGAGAUGGCGAUAUCAACAAGGCCCUUCAUGCGGCAAUCGAGUCCGUCGGCAACCGAUUGAAAUUCAACUAUGAAUGGUUCAACGACGACAUCUCCAUUUUUGUUACCAAGCGCGCCAGGGAAAAUGUGUUCGAGCGGGCCGAUAAGCAGGGCAUUACACUUUUCAAAGGCGAGUAUCUCGAAGUGCUUGCUGCUCCAAUCGAGUGGGCCCUCGAACGAAAACUAAGGCGCAUUUAUGCCGGUGAUCGGGAUCGCAAGGCCGAAACAGAUAUGGCAGACGCAGUCGCUCUUUUGAAGAAGCUGAAGGAACGAACCAACGAGCCUCUGGAUUUGGAAUCGAUCCGAACGAUGAACACAAACGGGUUCGACGUCUGUCCAGAUCAUGACACAAUGCAUCGUGUCGCCAAUGUAUAUCGUGAUGAAUACAAGGAAGAGCCCUUCAAAUAG